AUGGAACUCGAACACGGAAAUAUUCUAUGCGUAUCAUCAAAUACAGAAGUUGUCUUUUGUAAACAUUCGUUGAAUUGUAAUUCCUCUGAAAAUACAAAUGCAUCAACAAAUCAAAAUGAAAUUAAUGGCUUUGGUCUCACAAUUUUCAAGGAAAUCUAUUAUACAACAAAGAAAAUCAAUAUCAAUCAACUUUCAUCUGUCUGGUGUCUUUUAAAUCCUUCUGAAAGAUUAAAGACAUUCAGAAAUGAUAAAAACUAUGAUCAGAUUCUAUUACAACAAGAUCAAAAUGUUACUUUGGCUUUUGGUUCUCUUAUUUCAUCUAGCCAAUUUAAAUGUGCAGCAUCAAAAUUUUGUUUUACAAAAGGACCAAAUUCAAUAUGGAAUCUAUAUUUUGCAAAAUAUAAUUCGUUUCUAUCCAUUAAUACAGAAUUUAUUAAAUUUCAGUUAAAACGCGAUCACAUCGACAUUCAUCGUGGUGUUAUCAUCAGUGCAAGAUCUAGUCAUGACUUCAUAAUGCAUGUUUGUCUGCGAGGGAAUCUCGAAGAAUAUACAUCCAAAAAUCGACAAUUUGGUUACGAACGUCAAUUUUGUUUGCAAAACACACGAGACGAACAACCAUGGCAAUCAUGUUUUUCAGCUAUGCAUUUCUCAAUUCAUAAUGAACAAAAAAAUACUAAUUCGAUCUAUCAAAUUUUAUGCUAUUUUAUUCAAUUCUUUAGUUAUCAUUCCAUUCCAAUACAUUUUGGAUCAAUUGAAUUUUUAUAUGAAAACUUUAUUUAUAGAAAUAAUUUAUUGAUACCUGCAAAUACUUUCAUUGGUCAAUAUGCCUGCCACAUGCUCACUAGUGUGGGAUGUCAAAUAUAUGAUCAAAUAGUCAAUGAUGAUAUCUUGAAUAAUAAUAUGUUUUAUUUAUUAAAUGGAAAUAAUAAUGAUGAUGAUUUUGUUUAUUAUAUAUUCGAACGACUGCGACGAUUGACAUUGUCUUCAGAAAAUUAUUUUCUUCAACUUCUACAUGAAUUGCCUACUAUUCGAAAUAAUUAUUAUGAUUCUUAUCUUCAGAGUACUUUUUAUCAGAUGGAUAUGGUUUGGACUAAAUAUGUUCGUAUUCCAUGGUUUUGUUUUACACCAACACGUCUAAUUAUUAAACCAUUUAAGUUUAUGCGAUCAAAUCGAGUUUUUCGAUAUAUCUCUAAUGUAACUCAAUCAAUGGGUUUUGUAGAAUUUCGUGAUGAUACAGGAUCUGCAUCUUUAUCAAAAGAACUUGUUCCUUUCUUACAACAUUAUCUUCAAAAUGGAUUCUGGUUUGCCGAUCGUCAUUAUAUUUAUUUACAUCAUGCUCAAUCUCAAAUACGUCAAAAACAAUUUUAUUUUUAUUGCGAACAUGAAGGUAAUAUGACUCGCGAAGCACUUGAAGCUUGGAUGGGCAAUUUUGAUAGGGAAAAAUUACCAGCGAAAAACACUGCUCGACGAACACAACCAUUCUCUAGUACAGAAGCUACUAUUGAAAUUGAUAAAAAACUCGUUGGCUUGAUUCCUGACUUGAAGACAACAGAUGGAAAAUAUAAUUUUACUGAUGGUGUUGGACAGAUUUCAUCAGAACUAAAUCUAUUGAUCCAUGAAUCAAUUGGUAAAAAUGUUAAUGAUGGCGAUUAUAUUUCCAGUGUUCUUCAAAUUCGCUAUGGAGGUUGUAAAGGUACUAUUGCUGUUAAUCCACUGCUUGAUGGAAAAGAAAAACAAUUAUUAAUUCGACCAAGUAUGAAUAAAUUUGAAUGUGAACAUCAAAUGCUUGAAUUAUGCAAACGUUCACUUAGACGUCAUUUAUGUUUGAAUCGUGAAGUGAUUAACUUACUUUCAUAUCGUGGUAUAUCUAAUGCACAUAUUCUUGUCGUUCAACUUCGAAAUAUCUUAUGGCUAAUGGCUUCUUUUGUUUCGAAUCAAUCAGCUUUGUAUGUUCUUCGUGAAAAGAUUCUCCAUGUUUUACCAUGGUCGAAAAUUUCUUUUUAUUCACAUUUAUCAAAAGAACCAUUUUUUCAUCGUCUUCUGCUUACAACUGUCACAAAUAAUCUUUGUCAAAUAAUAACAAGAGCUCAUAUACGUGUUUCGAAAGCACGUUAUAUGUUUGGAACAGUCGAUGAAUAUAAAGUACUCAAAGAAGGACAAGUUUUCGUUCAAAUUACCAAUGAAUAUGGAAGUAAAACUGUUUUGGAAGGGCCUAUUGCUAUUACCAAAAAUCCUUGUCAUCAUCCAGGAGAUUUACGUGUUCUAGAAGCUGUCAACAAUAGUUAUCUUCACCAUCUCUAUGAUGUUCUUGUCUUUCCUCAGCAAGGUUCUAGACCACAUGCAAAUGAAAUAUCUGGAUCAGAUCUUGAUGGCGAUGAAUAUAGUGUCAUUUGGAAUUCUGAACUCGUACCUACUUCACCCAAUCCAAUUCCAUAUGAUUAUGAUUCUGGACCAAGUCCAAAGCCUCUCAAUCGGGUAGUAACACGUAAUGAUAGAUUAAAAGUUAUAUCAGAUAUAUGUGAACAAGACAAUCUAGGUCGAUUAAGUAAUAUUCAUCUCGUACUUGCCGAUAAGUUUGGUAUCGACCAUGAAAAAGCGAUUAAUUUAGCUGCUGGAAUAAGUCAAGAACUAGAUAGUGUCAAAUCAAGUCAACAUCCUUAUACAUCAGAACAAAUUAAACAAAUAAUUUUAACAGCUGAUAAAACUCGUCCAGAUUUUAUGCAAGCAUCUGGUUAUAAAGAGUAUCAAUCGGAAAAAAUACUUGGAAAACUGUUUCGAAGCGCUCGUCGUUUAUCUGAUACUUUUAAAAAUUUAUUUCUUAAUAAUAACAACGAAAUUUUUCUUGAUAAAAGUCUUCUUCACAAUGGUUAUGAAGAAUAUAUUGGUUCUGCUCGAAAUCUUUAUAAACAAUAUGAAUAUGAAAUGUUGGAAAUUAUUGGAUCAUAUGGAUUUUCAAAUGAAAUUGAUCUUUUUUGUUGUAUUGAUUCACAUAACAUGAAAGCCAAUGAACGAAGUGAUAUUCAACAAACAGCACAAGAAUUAUUAAGAGCUGUUUUUCAAAAUAUUCAAAAGAACUUUCAUGAUGAUCUUGUUUCACUUCAUCAAGCUAAAGCUAAAGCAGCUGCUUGUUAUUAUGUAGCAUAUACAGAUACAAAUGACAAAGAUAAAUCUAUGUUAAGUUUUCCAUGGUUAUUUGCUUCUCAACUUCUUGCCGAUUAUUCUGUUAUUUCGGAAGAUGAACAACAAACAAAUGAUUUUAUGGAAAAUACAUUCAUUUCUGAUUCAAUCUUGAAUGAUUACCUCAAACAACAAUUGCCAUCAUUAAUAAAUCUACUUCCAAAUGAUAAUCAAUUCACAUUUAUGGAACUUUUAGAGAUAUGCUUUCAAAAUGCAUGUGUCACUAACAAUGAAAAAAUGAUUAACCAUGCUGAAAUACUUAUUGAACUAUUAAUUAAAACUGCAAAAACUAUACAUUCGAACUAA